ACAGACACAACGCCAUGACCGCUCCCUCCAUCGUGCUGACCGGGUGCAUGGUUUUUAUGGCAAUUGCAACACCCUCGACGCCCGCCCUGACCUUUCUUUUUCCCACCAUUUUCCUCAAUCCCAAGCCACAGCAUGCUUUCCUCCAGCCUCCUCCCCUCUUCCAUCCUCCUCGCCGCGUCAGCUCCCUCCCCCGGUCCUGCCUCACCAUGCAGGAGGCGGCCGGAGUCGUCUCACCCUCCUCCUCCUCUACCUCUACCUCCUCCUCCCCCUCCUCCCUCCGCCUCACCUUCCUGGAAUCCAAUUCCUGGCUCUGGGAAAUCCCUCUGCCUCCUCCCUCCCUUCCCC